CACAGUGCGAUGUUCCUCAGUGCUGAUCGGAGCACUAGGACUGUCACUGAUCGCCCUGGCGGUCUACACCACAGUGCUGGUCCUCACGGAGUAUAAGAGCCCUCGACCUUGCGUCAGCGAGGAGUGCGUCGGCACAGCUUCAAGAAUCCUGCAAGCCUUGAACAAGGAUGUGGACCCGUGCACGGAUUUCUAUGAGUUCGCGUGCGGGGGUUGGAUCAAGAAGAACCCGGUGCCUGAAUGGGCCACCUCGUGGGACCAGCUGGCCAAGCUACGGGAGCAGUUGGUAAUGGACCUGAGGGAACUUCUGGAGGCUGAGGAUGAGGACGGCCUGCCCGCCAGCGUGAAGAAAGCCAAAUCUUUGUACAGGACUUGCAUAAAUAUAGACAAACUGGAAGAAGACGGCAUCAAGCCCAUACAGCGGCUGCUUGCCAAACUGGACCUACCGCCGCUACCACCAACGGAGGCCAGCGCCAACUUCUCGUGGGUGACGAGCGCUGGGCGUGGCCGCCGCCUGAUGGGGCUCAAUGUGCUGCUCAGUGUCCAGGUUGCAGAGGAUGUCAGGAACACCAGCAGGAAUAGAGUUGUGAUCGAGCAAGUGUCCCCUGGAUUCAGUGAGCGCUACCUACUUCAACCAGAGCAGUUCGCGCUGGAACUGGCGCAGUACCGCAAAUACAUCCGCGAUAUGAUCGCCAUCGCUGACAAUGACACCGACGCCGACGACUUUGCCGCCGACAUCGUCGACUUCAGCAAAAGCCUUGCUAAGAUAAUGACACCUGUGGAAGUCAGACGCAGUGGUACCCACCUGUUCCACGAAGUGAGUGUCCAGCAGCUCAUACAAGGUUCCAACGGAGGUCCAGCGCAAUGGAAAGAGCACGACUGGGAGCGGUACCUGCAACUAGUGUUCGCCAACACAAGCGUGGCGCUCAACGCGACCGGCGACCGUGUUAUCGUCAUGGACCUGCCCUACCUGCAGAAGCUCUCCAUCCUGCUGUCUGACACCAAGCCUGUCGUCAUUGAACGUUUCCUAUGGUGGAGCGUGUUCUCAACCGUAGCACCGAUGACGCUGGGCGCGUUCCGCGAGCGUGGCUUCGAGUUCUCGCGCGCGGUUUUCGGGUUGCAGCAGCGGACUCCGAGAUGGAAGAGCUGCACCGCCAACGUUAAUGCCAACUUCGGGGUGGCACUCAGCUACCUUUAUGUUAAGAGACACUUUGACACGCAGUCGAGGCAGAAGGCCAUUGAAAUGGUCGAGGAUGUGCGGGAAGCGUUCGCAGCAGCAGUACAGCAGCUGGACUGGAUGGACACAAGUACGCGGCUCAAAACGCUGAGCAAGCUGCGUGCCAUCCGCAACUUCGUCGGCUUCCCCGCCUGGCUGCUCACAAAUGAACAGCUCGACAAACAUUAUAAGCAUGCUGAAGUUGUGGAAGGAAACUUAUUUGAAACGUAUCUGAAAUUGACAUGGGCAGCAGUGAAAAAAUCUUUGGAAUCGUUAAGAGAAAAGCCAGAUCGAAACAGAUGGGUUGCGACUGCUACAACAGUGAAUGCGUUCUACUCAGCAACGCUCAAUUCAGUCACAUUCCCUGCUGGUAUUCUGCAACCGCCAUUCUACGGAAACGGGAUAGAAGCCAUUAACUACGGAUCAAUAGGUGCCAUAAUGGGACAUGAAGUCACACACGGGUUUGACGAUCAGGGUCGUCGAUACGAUGAGGAGGGCAACCUGAAGCAGUGGUGGUCAGCCGCCACGCUGGAGCACUACCACGGGAAGGUGCAGUGCAUCAUCGACCAGUACAGUCACUACCACAUGCCGCAGCUGCCUAACUACACAGUGCACGGCUUCAACACGCAGGGCGAGAACAUCGCGGACAACGGCGGACUGCGCGCGGCGCUAAGCGCCUACCGCCUACACGCGGCGCGACACGCCGGCGCGCGCGACGCGCUGCCCGGCCUGCCGCACUACAAGCCCGACCAGCUGUUCUUCUUGGGCUUUGCACAGAUAUGGUGCGGCAACUCCACAACUGGAGCGCUCAAAUCCAAGAUGGUGGAAGGAGUCCACAGUCCCAACAAGAUCCGAGUGAUUGGAACACUCAGCAACUCCAAGGAGUUCGCGGAGGCCUGGCAGUGUCCCAAAGGCUCUCCCAUGAACCCAGAACACAAGUGCAUAUUAUGGUGAAACACUCUAGGGAGACUCAAGCAAAUGUGAUCUUAGUUAUAAGUUGACCAAAGACAUUCACUCCCCUAGGUUACCGUAAAGUUACCGCCUUAGCUUCUAAUGUACAAAAGUGUAUUUUUAUAUAAUGUAGUGAUGCACUUUGUUAAGGCAGUUGAGCAGGACUUGACAAUUUAUGAUCUAGGUGUAUUUGAGGAUCUAAGCAUUGGUAACAAUCAGAUUAAUUCACUGACAAAGACUGAAACAGUUUAAAAUUCAUAAGUUAAGGACAACUAGAUGUGUGGUGUAAAUAUUAAGUUUUUUAUACUGUAGUAGAGUUAAUAAAGAAAAUGGCUUAAUUUUUAGUGCAUCUCUACUUGGUGGAAAAAUAACAAAAACUAUUUAU